AUGAAGUUUUGGCGCAUGAUGCAGACUUUCCCUCGCAUCAACAAGGCACUGACAGGUCUUGGGAUCUCAGUCCAGGGUAGAAACACUCAACAGACCGAUCAAGGGGACAGUCAACCCAAAAACAAUCGAGAGCUCUUGAAAGCUUUCUUGAAAAACGCCCACGAGUACCAGCGUGAUACAAUCACGUGGCAUUACCUUUUAGCAGAGUAUAUCCUGCAACUUGUCAACUACAAAUUGAAGGUUCCAUCAAGGGAUGAUGAACAGUUGCAUGUCUAAGUCUCGGACAAACAAACGCCUCAUCAAAACUAAGUACUUUGCCAUUGCCGGCCAUGGCGGGACAAUCAAAUUCCAAUCAAAUCAACUCAGAAAUCUGUCAUUCAGUUGGUUUAUAGGUUGCAUGCCAGAGACGGAAACAACAUCGUUGUGAAUCCAAGCAAAGGGCCACACUGCUUUAUUCAUACACCAUCAACAAUCCAAUUGAAUGACCGUCUACCUACACUCCCGCGUCAUCCACGUUCGGGUGUUAUGGUACCCGUAUGUGUCGGACUGUGGAGUGGGUACGGUGUGGUAGUCCUGGAGUUGGCUCGUAGACAGUAGGUGACGGACGGAAGAGACUACAGUUUACUCGCAUCCGGGGCCGGGGACUUGUGUUUGUCAUUCUUGGUUCCAUCGUC